UUAUAUAUCUUUAUCUGGAAUGUAAAAUUGGGCAUAUGAAGCUAGCAUUCGAAUUAAGGUUGGUAGAAUAAAGUAAUCUAUAGUAGAUAGAUAUUAAUACUAUAAUAGAAAACGGUUUGUCUGUGUUACACCAUCCAACCAUCUCUACUUUUUGGUUGGCUUAGCACCGCCAAGACAAAAAGCAAUGGAAGUAAGACGUGACGAAGAAGCUAGAAUGAUGAGACUCUACAAAGCGUCAAGCGAAGGAUGUGUAGCCACAUUGAAUUCAUUGAUGGAGGAAGACCCUUUAACUCUAAGCAAGAUAUCAGUUAACCGUUUCGGCGAAACUCCUCUUCACAUAUCAGAUUCGCUUGGCCACUUAAAUUUCACCAAACGACUUGUUUCUCGCAAGCCAAAACUUGCCGAGGAGUUGGAUUUGCUCAAACGUUCACCUCUUCACUUGGCUUCAGCAGAAGGCCACAAUGAGAUAGUGGAGACAUUAGUAAAAGCGAGCAAAGGUAUGUGCUUAGCUGUAGAUGAAGAUGGGAAAAUCCCUCUUCAUUAUGCAGCCAUGAGAGGACGCGUUGAAGUGAUGGAAAUACUUGUUAGCGCGGAACCAACGUCAAUUCAAAAGAAGCUUAGUGAAGGAGAAACGGUUCUUCACCUGUGUGUUCAAUAUAACCAAUUGGAGGCUCUAAAAGUGCUGGUUCGAACUGUUGAUGAUGAUCAUAAUAGCGAGUUCCUCAACUCAAAAGAUCAGAAAUGUGGCAACACCAUUUUGCACUUGGCUGUGAUGCUAAAGCAACUUGAGACUAUAAAAUUCUUGCUAUCGAUACCAGGAGUGAAAGCGGAAGCAGCUGAAAUGGAGAAUCAGAGCGGUUUAACAGCAAUUGACAUGGUAGGGCACCUUCCAAAAGACUUGAAAAGCUUCCAAGUCCAGAAUAUUCUUCUUAAGGAUAUCAAGCAUGUUCAUGUGGGCGGUGGUCUUCUCCACAGACGACAAAAGCAACAACAACAACAACAACAAGUUGUAGUAGUAGAAGCAGCAGCAAUAACUGGUCAUCAGGCUGAGAGAAUAUCAUCACCACCACCAGAAAUCUCAUCAUCGACAAAAGCAAAAGCCAAAACACGCAUCAGAAGGGGAUGGAACAAAUUGAAACAGUUCAUGAAAUACGAGGGCGAUACUUCAUUGAAAGAUAGAAACAGCGGACUGAUGGUGGGGGCUACUGUGAUCGCAACAAUGGCAUUCCAAAUUGUUGUUAACCCUCCCGGUGGUGUCUGGCAAGAAGAUAAAGAAAAAGGCAGCGCUGGUUGCGCCGCAGAAGUUAAAUGUCAUGCCGGAAACGCCGUAUUUGGCUAUUCUUAUGGAUAUCUUUCACUUGUAAAUUAUAAUGCCGGGGCUUUCCUUACAUCCCUGAGCAUAAUACUAUUGCUGAUCAGCGGAAUACCUCUGCAGUAUAAGUUUUGUAUGUGGCUUUUGACAGUAGCUAUGUGUCUCACUCUUACUUUUGUCACGCUCACCUUCGAAGAAGCAGUAAAGUUGAUAACACCCGUUGCUAAGCUAUACAUGGUAAAUACUAUGUUGGAUUUUACUACUAGUGCUUGGAUUUUGUUGCUCGGGAUGGUUGUGUUGAUCCGCACACUUCGGUUUCUCUUUUUUAUAAUGACCAAGUUGUACAAGUUGGUAUUUACCAAAAAGUUGUACAAGUUGGUUCGCAAGCUUUUCGUCGCCAAAUAUUUACGCUCUGGUACCCUACAAGUCUAAAUUGAUGACACUGCCAUCUGUACACGUAACGCACAAUUGGAUGUACGGUAUCACGAGGCAGUCUCUGUGCAUUCCUAGCUAUAUCUAUAUGUUAAUCACCUCUUUAAUCACGUGUCUGUAGCUAUAGCGUGAACUAAGCAUUGCGUCAUAAUAUAUUGUGUUGUUAUGUAGUUCAUAAGCCUAGCAUCUUUAAUUAUUAUCCCUGUGUAAUUAAGCUAUUAUAUUGUACAAUUUUGUACCUAUAAUUAAAAAGUCAUCCACUUUUCCUGUGGUUGUGCAUUUAACUUU